AUGCAGGCCCCGUUAAGAGAGUAUUGUAUCUCCCCAGACGAGUUUGUGGUUGCAAAUCAUGUUUUGGAUCUGGUUGGGGAGGCCGAGCAGAGACAGGCGGGCUGGCUGUGGUUCGGCGCAGCAUUGGUGGGUGUCACACCAAUUACUCGGAUCUCUGUCCGCGAUAUCGUGAAGACGACAUCGUGA